CUAAAUCUCGGCAGUCGUUUCUUACACAGGGCUCCUUAGAGGUCGGCUGUAAGAGUGAGCGUAUUCUGCUCCGUGUGUCAGUUCCUUUUGAAACAGCUUCAACAAGCAUGCGUGAGUGUAUCUCCAUCCACGUUGGACAGGCUGGUGUCCAGAUUGGAAAUGCCUGCUGGGAGCUUUACUGCCUAGAACAUGGGAUCCAGCCAGAUGGAAAGAUGCCAGGUGACAAGACUCUUGGAGGAGGGGACAAUUCCUUCAACACCUUCUUCAGUGAGACUGGAGCUGGAAAGCAUGUCCCCAGAGUUGUAUUUGUGGACCUGGAGCCUGCUGUUAUUGAUGAGGUGCGCACUGGGACCUACCGCCAGCUGUUCCACCCUGAGCAGCUGAUCACUGGUAAGGAGGAUGCUGCCAACAACUACGCCCGUGGACACUACACCAUCGGCAAGGAGAUCAUUGAACUGGUGCUGAACAGAAUUCGCAAACUGGCCGACCAGUGCACUGGCCUUCAGGGCUUCCUGGUUUUCCACAGCUGUGGAGGUGGCACCGGCUCUGGUUUCACCUCCCUGCUGAUGGAGCGUCUGUCUGUCGACUACGGCAAGAAGUCCAAGCUGGAGUUCUCCAUCUACCCAGCUCCCCAGGUGUCCACCGCUGUGGUGGAGCCCUACAACUCCAUCCUGACCACCCACACCACCCUAGAGCACUCUGACUGUGCAUUCAUGGUGGAUAACGAGGCCAUCUACGAUAUUUGCCGUAGGAAACACGCUAUUGACCACUUCCCUUUGGCCACCUACGCCCCUGUCAUCUCUGCUGAGAAGGCUUACCAUGAGCAGCUCUCAGUGGCUGAGAUCACCAACGCCUGCUUUGAGCCAGCCAAUCAGAUGGUGAAAUGUGACCCCCGUCAUGGCAAGUACAUGGCUUGCUGCCUGUUGUAUCGUGGUGAUGUGGUGCCUAAAGAUGUGAAUGCUGCCAUCGCCACCAUCAAGACCAAGCGCACAAUCCAGUUUGUGGACUGGUGCCCCACUGGUUUCAAGGUUGGCAUCAACUACCAGCCACCCACUGUAGUUCCAGGUGGGGACCUGGCCAAGGUCCAGAGGGCUGUGUGCAUGCUGAGCAACACCACUGCUAUUGCAGAGGCCUGGGCUCGGCUUGACCACAAGUUUGAUCUCAUGUACGCCAAGCGUGCCUUUGUUCACUGGUAUGUGGGUGAGGGUAUGGAGGAGGGCGAGUUCACCGAGGCCAGGGAAGACAUGGCUGCGCUAGAGAAGGAUUAUGAAGAAGUUGGAACUGACAGUGUGGGAGAUGAAGGAGAAGAGUACUAAAUGGUGUGCCCUUCUAUUGAUCUGUGCCUUUAUUAAUGUAAAAAUAAAGUGUUUCUUUGACUGCACUUAUUCGCCA